AUGUUAAAUAUACCGCCAGGUCUCGAAUAUCUAAUCACUGGCAGUACGAUUCUCGAUCCCUUCACGAGUGGGGGCGACUCUCAAAACUGGCUCCCAUACACGCAAGUCAAGCAAUACACUAACGCGUUUGUUUUUAAAGACAGCAAGGCCCGUACUCCCAGCGUAUCCUGUGUUUGCAUCAUUGAUGUUGAAACUACCUCAGGCGGCAAAGUUGACCAUGGGGAAACCUCGCUGCAAGCCGCUGCCCGCGAACUUCAGGAAGAGUGCGGUAUUACAGCUCCCCUGGUGCACACAGGAACUCUCUUCUUCGUCCUCGAAGGCGAAGAGUGGGUCCUCCAUGCCGAGGUUUAUCGCGCAGAUACAUAUCAAGGGAUUGUGACAGAAUCGGAGGAAAUGAGGCCCGAAUGGUUCUCGACUCGCACGGGAGAUGAAGGCAAAGUAGGAGAGCCGCCCGCCCUUCCAUUUGCUCAGAUGUGGGAGAGCGAUGUUGUCUUUUUCCCGCUACUCCUCUCCAAGCAAACGUUUGUUGGACGCGCGGACUUUAUACGAGACGGCGUAGAGUUUAAGCUCCAUAAAUGGUGGUAUGCUACUGUGCCUGCGACAUAG